CCGAACUACUGAAGGAUCCAGGUGUCGCCAGGCGUUAAGUUUUGCAGCCAGUGUCCAUGGGGUCGGAGCUGGGACUAGAUUAGGGUAGAGGCCUGGGCUUGGGAGUGCAGCGAGCGCAGAAAAAUCUGAGAAACUAGAGCAGAAAGCCAUGUGGAUGGAUUGUGGUCCUCAGAGGUUCCCGUACCUUCAGCGGCGCCGGCUUCCGCAAGCUCCCCCGUCUCGCCCAUCCGGAAACAGCCUCGCCCCGCCCACGUGGGCCCCGCCUGCAGCAGCCAGACGUGCACUCCUCCAGCAGCUGCUGCACGUUGUGCCGAUGGCCCGCUACGAGGAGGUGAGCGUGUCCGGCUUCGAGGAGUUCCACCGGGCCGUGGAAGAGCACAAUGGCAAGACCAUUUUCGCCUACUUUACGGGUUCUAAGGACGCCGGAGGGAAAAGCUGGUGCCCCGACUGCGUGCAGGCUGAACCAGUCGUACGAGAGGGGCUGAAGCACAUCAGUGAAGGAUGUGUGUUCAUCUACUGCCAAGUAGGAGAAAAGCCUUAUUGGAAAGAUCCAAAUAAUGACUUCAGAAAAAACUUGAAAGUAACAGCAGUGCCUACACUACUUAAGUAUGGAACACCUCAAAAACUGGUAGAAUCUGAGUGUCUUCAGGCCAACCUGGUGGAAAUGUUGUUCUCUGAAGAUUAAGAUUUUAUGAUGGCAAUCAUGUCUUGAUUUCCUGAUUUGUUCUAGUAUCAAUAAACUGUAUAUUGCUUUGAAUUCAUGUUAGCAAUAAAUGAGGUUAAAAAACUGGCAU